GUCUUUCGUCGUGGAAAUGACGUCAGUAUUACAAUUAUUAUUAAGUGUACAAUGAAUAGUUAUUGAUCCAUGCGUUGAAAUAUCUUUUGCGAGAGACUUGGAUAUUAUGGCAUUUAUUUCUUCCUCUGGAUAUUUCUUGGUUUGAUAUGUGGAUUAGCGGAGAGGCGGAGCAUGGAGUAGAUAAUAUUCCAGAGGAGCUAGUUGUGUGGGACAUCUGCCCCGUAGCGGAUGAAAGGGCAGGCCAGGUAUCCGACAAUGGCCAUACCCCAAGCUGUAUUGUAUGUCAGAGAGCAGGAGCGGGAGCGCGGCACCCCACAGCGGCAAUUUAUGUCCGGCCCUCAUUUGAUACGGCCACCCCGAGAAUACCAAUUUUAAUCCUUGACUUUUCGGGUCCUUCUAAUACAUAUUCAGGUGUUAUGCCGCCUUGA